CUUAUAUUGGUUGAACUGGGGCAGCUGCAAAGAAGUCUGAAAGUUCCUUAAGGAUAGAACAGUCUUCUUAUAAACAGAUCCAGAAGUAUGAUGGCUCAGCCGGAUUCAGACUUUAAAGAAGAGGAGUCCCUAAAGGAGGAUUUAAAAUUCUACUUCAUGAAUCCAUGUGAAAAAUACCGAGCUAGACGUCAAAUACCCUGGAAACUGGGGCUUCAGAUUUUGAAGAUUGUUAUGGUUACUACACAGCUUGUCCUUUUUGGCUUGAGAAAUCAGUUGGUGGUUUCUUUCAAAGAGGAAAAUACUAUGGCUUUCAAGCAUCUGUUUCUGAAAAACUACUCUGGUGUUGAUGAAGAUGACUACAGCUGCAGUGUGUACACACAGCAAGAUGUUUAUGAUAGUAUCUUUUUUGCAAUUAAUCAGUACCGACAACUGAAGAAUAUAUCACUGGGUACACUGGGUUACGAGCAAGACGAAGAUGACUUGCAAGGCUUACAGUUAUGUAAACAGCAAUACAGGAAAGGCACAAUACUUUCUUCUAAUGAUACGCUGCACAUAGACAGUACUAUUGAAACAGAAUGCAUUCGCCUAGAGCCUCAGGAACUGGCUGCUAAGGAAAUAAGUCACUUGAAGAACUCGUCAUUUUUCAUCCUUGAGUUUUAUAGACUCAUACAGGUUGAAAUCUCUUUUAAACUAAAAGGCAUUGAUCUACAAACCAUUCAUACCCGUGAGCUGCCUGACUGUUAUGAAUUUCAGAAUACUAUUAUAUUUAACAAUAGAGCCCACAGUGGUAAAAUGAAAAUAUUUUUUGAUACCGAUGCUGUCAUAGAAGAAUGUAAAGACUGGAACAUAUCUGGCUCCAUUCAGAAAAACACACAAUAUACCUUGGUUUUUGAUGGGUUUGUCAUUGCAAACUGCUUUGCUUCCCUUAUUCUCUGCACACGGUCCAUUAUUCUUGCUGUAAAACUACAAAAAAGGUUUGUGAAUUUCUUCUUGAAGAAAUAUAAACGCCAUGUGUGCAGUUCAGACCGUCUGGAGUUCAUUAAUGGGUGGUAUGUCCUGGUGAUUGUCAGUGAUAUGAUGACUAUCAUUGGCUCUAUAAUGAAAAUGGAAAUAAAAGCGAAGAAUCUUACAAGCUAUGAUGUUUGCAGUAUUUUUCUUGGUACAUCUACUUUAUUCGUUUGGGUUGGAGUUAUUCGGUACUUAGGCUACUUCCAGACAUACAAUGUUCUCAUUUUAACAAUGCAAGCAUCAUUUCCCAAAGUUCUAAGGUUCUGUUGUUGUGCUGGGAUGAUAUACCUUGGCUAUACUUUCUGUGGCUGGAUUGUUCUAGGACCAUAUCAUGAAAAGUUUGAAGAUCUGAACACGGUAGCAGAAUGUCUGUUUUCUUUGGUCAAUGGCGAUGACAUGUUUGCUACGUUCGCUCAAAUCCAGCGGAAGAGUACUUUAGUGUGGGUGUUCAGUCGGCUAUACCUGUAUUCCUUCAUUAUCCUCUUCAUAUAUAUGAUCCUCAGCCUUUUUAUUGCACUUAUUACAGAUGCCUAUGAUACCAUAAAGACAUACCAAGAGAUUGGUUUCCCAGUUACGGAUCUACACGAGUUUCUAAAAGAGUGCAACAAUGAAGACACAGGAAAACAGACAUCAAUAAGUUUCUGUUGCUGUAGGAGGCAGAACAGUGAUGACAACUUGAUACUUAUAAACUGAAGAUGGGUGGUGC